CAUCCAUCCGCCCUCCAAGAAACAACUCCAUUGUGCGUCUCCUUUGAUUCAUUGCUACUAGUAGCUAGUAUGACAUCAAUCCCUCCAGGUUCAGCCCUGAGAGAUUGUGCAGCUGGCUAUCCACAGCCUAUAGACCAUGAAUCUGCAACUGCUGCUCUAAGGUUGCGGGAAACUGUUGGAGAACACAAUGGUGAUGUCGUAUACAGGGGUAGCGGCGUGGAACAGGAUAUCACCCGCCAUGUUUUUCGUUGGAACACUACUGAUUAUAGACAAGUCUUUGAAAAUGGAUUCCAAGCAAGGCCUCAGGGAGACACUCCCGACGGCACCUACUUCAAUUUGGAUCACCAUGUCCAUCAUGGAGGAGCUCCUGGUGAUCCCGAUAGGCCUGAACCACACGCCUUCAUUAGCACAACCGUAAACACUAGAUGGGUUCCUGACCCUCCUACAACAAUACUCCCAGUAGGAGGGCGAAUGGAAAUCUAUCGUUACGAGAUCUAUGCUCCUGGUGGUAUAUGGGUUAAUGAGACCCUUCUUGAGCGAUACCGGUUCCCUGCUCAAGCCGAAGUUGCCUUUGUUGGUGGCAUUGCACCUCAGUACAUUCACUCUGCUCAAUUAUUCAUUUUGACUCGUCCAAGAAGGUUUCCAGAACGGGCCAGAGCAGAUCAAAGAAUUAUACUAAACGGGCAUUUCAGUCCAGAUCCAGAUCCGGAUAGGAGGCUCAUCAUCCAGAACCCUGUACACUAUUAUGUUGAUGAUGAGACCAGCAAACGUCGAGCUUUAACUAUCAAAAUUUGGAGGCCACAAUUGCCAAACGCCACGAGAAAGAAAAGAGAUACAUCCGAUAACAUUGUUGAUUGGUACGCUAAGGGCGUAGAAGAUUCGCCUGGUUAUAUAAAUGCUGCAUUCCGUUCAUCUAGGAGCAACGAAGUCUAUUUGUUCAUGCAAAACGAGUAUGUGCUGGUGAACUAUGCUCCUGGAACAACGGACGAUAGCAUUGUGAAUGGGCCACUUCUUAUUUGUGACGGGUAUCCGUCACUUCAUGGCACGGCAUUUGGUGAACAUGGAAUUGACUGUGCCUUUGACAGCCACGAUGGCAGUGAAGCAAUCAUCUUCUGUAGUAAUCUCUGUGCCCACAUAGACUAUGCUCCGGGAACAACAAAUGAUAGAAUCCUCAAUGGGCCUAUGACAAUCACUGCCAUGUUCCCCUUCUUCAACGGUACGGAGUUUGCGGACUCUAUUGACGCUGCAUUUACAUCAAGCGUGAUGCACGAAGCUUACUUAUUCAAAGGUGACUCCUAUGCAAACAUAAACUAUUCUUCCAAGACUUGCAUUGCCAUCCGCAAGAUCACAGAAGGAUUUUAUAGUUUGAGAAACACCAUCUUUGAAAGUGGAGUUGAAGCAGCUUUCGCUUCUCAUCUGACUGAUGAAGCUUACAUUUUCAAAGGAGACCAAUAUGCACUUAUCAACGUUGCCCAUGGUACAACCGACGACUAUAUCAUUGGUGGUGUAAAGCCAAUCGCUCCCAACUGGCCAUGUCUUCGUCGAAUACUGCCUCGCAAAAAUCUUGGAGUUGAUGACCAUGGUCACCACAACCAAGAACAAGCUGACCAAGACCACGUACAUGAUGAGCUUUAAGGUUAUAACCGGAAUAAAGACAUCCAUUAUAUUGCACGAGGAUGUAUCUGUUAUCCUAUAUAUGAUCAUAUGACCGGAAUAAAGAUACCCAUUGUAUUGUACGUGGACGUACAAGUUGCCAUAUGCCAACUUAGCUGCACUCUUUUUCCUCACACGGGGAACCCUUCACAGGGCGUGAGGUUUUUUAAUGAGGCGGUCUCUUUGUAAUAUCCAUUAUCAUAUAUGAAACUUGCUCCCCAAA